UAGUUAUGUUUAAAAAAAAGUUCAGCAAAUCCGCUCCCAAUUCGUUCUUCCUCUUCCUACUCUCUCUCUCUCUCUCUCUCUCUCUGCCCUAUUGACUUACCUUUGCAAACCUAGUCACCGGCAAUCUGAUCAACUGUUGCAGUACUUGGCGUCGAAUUCAACUCCCUGUUCAUCAAUCGCCUGAUCCUCUGUAACUCCUGUUUCAAACUUCUCCAAAUCGUCAAAUCAGUGCUGCUGGACUAUUCAUGGAACCAUAGCCAUUGGAAGGAGAUUUAGCGUAAGAUAUGAACACCAUGGGGACAGAAAAUUCUAACAGUGGAAAUUUCCCUCAAAGGCCUGCUUCUUCUCCUCCAACUUUUGUUGCUGCUUCUCAGAGCACAACACCUUUUUUAUCAUCUGGCCCUCCGGCCUCUGCGUUUAGAUCCACAACACCUAUUGCUUUCCAAACUUCAAGGCCUUUCUUACCAUCUGCACCUAUUGCUUUCCAAACUUCAAGGCCUUUCUUACCAUCUGCACCAGUUGUUGGACCUGAAGCAUCUGGCGCUAGACCAACACAAACAGGUAGGUAUAAUGAUCCAUCUAUGCCUCCUCCGCAAUCAUCUCAUGCCCCACCAGGUGUUGGAUCUUUCCAGCGCUUCCGGAGCCCACAAUUUCCAUCAACAGGUCAGUUAGCCCCUCCAAAUAUUUCUGCUCCAGGACGGCCAGUUUUCCCCCCACCAAUUAGACAUCCUGCAGGUCAUGUUCGUUCCCCGCCAGUUUCUCUUCAUCUACGACCGCAGAUACCUUCUGUGCCCAUGGGAUCACCUCCUCAGAGCAUAAACCAGUUGCCGUCUGGCAUGGAUAUUCCUCCAUCAUCUUUAGAUUCGUCAUUUUCUGCUCCAAGGCCAACACUGCAGACAUUACAGACAUCUUGUACUGGUUUUCCCGGUAACCCACCUAGUGCAGUUAUACAACCUCCACCUGUACAGUCUGCCCACUUUGUCACCCAUCAAGGAGGUUUUGGUCCGGUCCCACCGACAACAUCUGCCGCUUUUCCUUCCCGUCAAGGAGGUUAUGUUCCCCCUCCGCCAGUUGCUGCUCCACUUGGUGUCUAUUCAAGGGAACACAUUCGACACCAAGGGUCUGGACCUCCAAUGGGAGCUAUGCAGGGUUUGGCAGAAGACUUCAGCUCUCUCUCUGUUGCUUCUGUACCUGGAUCAAUGGAUCCGGGACUUGAUUCUAAAGCAUUGCCAAGACCAUUAGAUGGUGACGUGGAGCCAAAGUCUUUUGCUGAUACGUAUCCUUUGAAUUGUGAUUCUAGAUAUGUACGUUUUACAACUUGCACAAUGCCGAAUUCUCAGUCUUUGGUUUCAAGGUGGCAUUUGCCUCUUGGAGCUGUUGUUUGUCCUCUUGCAGAAGCUCCUGAUGGGGAGGAGGUGCCAGUAGUUAACUUUACCCCGAGUGGCAUUAUUCGUUGUAGAAGAUGUCGAACAUAUGUGAAUCCAUAUGUGACAUUCACAGAUGGUGGAAGAAAGUGGCGUUGCAACAUCUGUGCUUGCCUUAAUGAUGUUUCGGGUGAUUAUUUUGCACAUUUGGAUGCUAGUGGUAAAAGAGUGGACUUGAAUGAACGGCCCGAGCUUACCAAGGGUAGUGUGGAAUUCAUUGCUCCGGUUGAGUAUAUGCACCGGCGUCCAAUGCCUCCGCUAUAUUUUUUCCUGAUUGACGUAUCAAUAUCCGCUGUUAAAAGUGGAAUGCUUGAGGUUGUGGCACAAACUGUCAAGUCUUGUUUGGAUAGAUUGCCUGGCUACCCCAGAACACGAGUUGGGUUCAUUACUUUUGACAGCACCCUUCAUUUUUAUAACAUGAAGUCAUCUUUGGUGCAGCCUCAAAUGAUGGUGGUUUCAGAUCUAGAUGAUUUAUUUGUUCCUUUGCCCGAUGAUCUCCUUGUCAACUUGUCAGAAUCAAGGAUUGUAGUGGAUGCUUUUCUAGACAGUUUAUCCUCCAUGUUUCAAGACAAUGUCAAUGUGGAAUCUGCUUUUGGUCCAGCUCUUAAAGCAGCACAUAUGGUUAUGGGACAACUUGGUGGGAAAUUGUUAAUUUUCCAAAAUACGCUGCCUUCACUUGGUGUUGGCCGCCUUAGGUUGCGUGGAGAUGACCUUCGUGUCUACGGAACAGAUAAAGAGCAUGCACUAAGGAGAGCUGAAGAUCCAUUUUACAAACAGAUGGCUGCUGAUUGUACUAAAUACCAGAUAUCAGUGAAUAUAUAUGCGUUCAGUGACAAGUACACUGACAUAGCAUCCCUAGGAACUUUGGCUAAGUAUACUGGUGGUCAAGUAUGCUACUACCCGAGCUUCCACUCAGCCAUUCACAAAGAGAAGUUGAGACAUGAGCUAGCCAGAGAUCUUACAAGAGAAACUGCCUGGGAAGCUAUUAUGCGCAUAAGAUGUGGAAAAGGUUUGAGGGUCACAUCUUAUCAUGGCAACUUUAUGUUGCACUCCACUGAUAUAAUAGCACUCCCAGCUCUAGACUGUGAUAAAGCUUUUGCAAUGCAGUUGACCCUUGAAGAGACACUGUUGACAACGCAGACUGUAUACUUCCAAGUUGGUUUAUUAUUCACUUCCUCUUCUGGAGAGAGGCAUAUCAGAGUACAUACUGCAGCGAUUCCUGUGGUUGCGGAUCUAGGAGAGAUGUACCGCCAAGCUGAUACUGGUGCUGUUGUUUCUUUGCUUUGUAGGCUAGCAAUAGAGAAAACCCUGUCCUACAAACUGGAAGAAGCUCGAAACUCAAUUCAGCAGAGGAUUAUCAAAGCUCUAAAAGAAUAUCGAAAUUUAUAUGCUGUGCAGCAUCGCUUGGUAGGCAGGAUGAUAUACCCAGAAUCACUGAAGUUCUUGCCUUUGUAUGGGUUAGCACUCUGUAAAUCAAUACCCCUUCGUAGUGGAUACCCUGAUGUGCAGCUUGAUGAACGCUGUGCAGCAGGGCACACCAUGAUGACUUUACCUGUUAAAAAUUUGUUGCAGUUGCUAUAUCCAAAUUUGGUUCGGAUUGAUGAGUUUCUCGUGAAGGCUUAUUCUAAGGUUAAUGAGUUUAAGGUUUCGAGGCUACCACUUACAGCAGAGAGCCUAGAUUCCAGAGGCCUUUAUAUUUACAAUGACGGUUUUCGGUUUGUUAUAUGGUUUGGUAGAAUGCUUUCACCUGAUAGAGCUAUGAAUCUCCUCGGUCAAGACUUUGCUACAGACCUUUCGAAGGUUAUUUUGUGUGAGCGUGAUGGUGAAAUGUCAAGGAAGCUGAUGGCAAUACUUGAGAAAAUUAGGGUGGCUGACCCUUCAUAUUAUCAGCUAUGUCACCUUGUAAGACAAGGUGAACAACCCAGAGAAGGUUUCUUUCUCCUUGCAAACCUAGUUGAGGACCAGGCUGGUGGCAUGAAUGGUUAUUUAGAUUGGAUUCUGCAAAUUCACCGGCAAGUGCAACAAAACCUGUAAUAUAUAGCAUAUCAAGGUAAAGGGAAGUUAUUCCGUAUUUUGUUUGAGAGGCUAAAAGUGGAAUGGUAAGUUCACUUUGUCCAAUCAAAUUCCGAGAACAGCGGGGGAUAUUUCAACUACGGUUACCCCCCGCAAUAAGGUCAGAAACAAAGCGGAUAUGGUGAUAU